AUGGUAUACCAAUACUCAGUCUCUCCAGAUGCUGGUGCUGGAUGUCUAAGCGCUCUGUCAUACCUCUUACACGGUCGCUUUUCCCGAAAGAGCAGAGCCACAGAAGAAAAUGAAAAGCUUCUAGAGUAUUAUGACAAUGACUCUGAUGACUCCUUGCAAGACGUCAAGACAGAAAAACUUUCAACUGGAUAUUGGACAAUAGACGCAAAAGUUGACACAACCGAAAGGCUCCGUGCCCUUAGAUUUGAAAUGAAAAGACUCAAUAUUGGUGUAUAUAUCGUACCUAGCGAGGACCAACACCAAAGCGAGUACACAUCAGAGAAAGAUAUGCGAAGAGGUUUUAUAAGUGGUUUCGACGGUUCUAGCGGUGUUGCCGUUGUCAGCUUGACUGGAGAGGCCGUCUUGUCUACAGAUGGACGCUACUUCUUACAGGCCGAAAGGCAGCUAGAUUCUAACUGGAAACUGCUUAAACUUAACACAAAUGGGUAUAUCACGUGGCAAGAUUGGUGUUUACAACAAGCCUUGGCCUUGGAUGUCAAUUACCGCCGAAUUAGUGUGGACCCACGUUUAAUUACUCGCAAGCUUGGAGAAUGGUUUUUAGAUAAGUGCCAUGACUUAAACAUACAGUUUGAACCCACCAAUGACAACCUCGUUGACAGGAUCUGGACUGAUCGUCCAAGACUAAGUACGUCCAACAUUUUUCCAUUGGACCAAAGAUACACAGGGGAGUCUAGUGAGGAUAAAAUCCAAAGAAUAAGACAGCAGUUGAAAACAAAAAACGCCAGCGCACUUUUUGUCACAGCAUUAGAUGAUAUCGCUUGGAUCUUAAACUUGCGUGGCUCGGGGGACAUUCCUUUUAAUCCAGUUUUUAUAUCUUAUCUGGUGGUGCUUGAGAAUUCGUUAUGUCUCUAUAUUCCCAAAAUUUCGUCUUUAACUCCACCAGUUUCUGAUCACCUGAAGGAUCUGGGUUGCAGAGUGCAACCUUAUGGGUCAUUCUGGGAUGAUCUUCAACUUUUAGAAUCGGGAUUUGCUGUCGUUGUGCCCUCAAAUUGCUCUUUUGCUUUGGCCAGUAACAUUCCUCCAACAGUAUCUGAAGUUAUAUUUGAAUCCAUGGUGACUAAUAUGAAGUGUAUCAAGAACCCUGUGGAACUCAAGAAUCAUAAGAUGGCUCAGUGGAAAGAUGGAAUAGCACUGGUUAGAUUUUUUGCUUGGCUCGAAGAAUAUCUUCUGCACCACAAGCUGACCGAGUAUCAAAGUACGCAGGUGCUGUCUAAAUAUCGCUCAGAAAUGGCUAAUUUUCGUGGAGAAAGCUUUGCUACAAUUGCUAGCACAGGUAGCAACGCUUCUAUCAUUCAUUACGCUCCUACGGAGGCAGAAUCGAAGGUGAUUGACAGGUCAGAGGUAUUCUUGUGUGAUUCUGGGGCUCAUUACUUGGAAGGAACUACUGAUAUUACCAGGACUUUGCAUUUUGGAAACCCCUCCGCGGAACUAAAAGAACGGUACACUUUGGUGUUGAAAGGUCAUAUUCAGCUAGCAUUGAGCCAUUUCCCGAAGGGAACUGAUGGAAAGACGUUAGAUGCAAUUGCAAGGCAGCCUCUAUGGAGGUAUGGGCUGGAUUACCACCAUGGAACAAGCCAUGGUAUAGGAUCCUAUCUAUGUGUUCACGAGGGACCAGUAGGUAUAGGAACAAUAGUUGGUAACGAAACACCAUUACAACCAGGCAACUUCAUCAGCAAUGAGCCAGGUUUCUACAAAGAUGGUGAAUAUGGAUUCAGAAUUGAAUCAGACAUGGCCGUAGUUGAUUCUAAUUAUACCAAUCUCAACGAUGACCCUUUCUUCAAGUUCGACUACUAUACCCGGGUACCAUUUUGCAGGAAACUAAUUGACGAAGAUUUACUGAAUAUAGAGGAAAGAAGAUGGCUGAACCGGUACCAUGAAGUGUUGAGGAAUGAACUGGGAGACGUUUUAAUUGAUGACUUUGAUGAUAUGCGUGCAUGGGAGUAUCUCUGCAAGGAAACCAAAGGGUUUGAAGAAUAA